CGACGGAUGGGCGAAUCCGUCCAUGUUGAAGCGCGGCUCACAUGCGGGCACUUCCAUGCGGGCGGAGCCGUCCGUGGGUACGUGAAGAUCGAGUCCCCGAGAAAACUGUACAUCGAGUGGGGCGUCGUGCAAGUGCAUGGACAUCUAUGCGUGGACUCGGACGUCCUCACCAUCCCUAUCAUGCCCGUCACAGCCAUGGACGAGUCGUUCAUGAAGUCAUUGAACCUUCCCGACGUCAAGACGUUUUCGGGUCCCACUGGCAUUUGCAUUUACCAGGGCAAACCCACCGUCUUGUACUCUGAGAUCGACGUCGAGCGCUCGACGACGUCACACUUCGCCACCGGAUUGCCAGCGAAAAUGUGUCCGUCGUUCAAGGGCACUUCGGCACGCGUCUUUUACGUCCUCUCGUUCACGUUCAAGGUGCAAGGAACCCAGAAGAUACAAACGCUGCAUCUUCCGUUUGACAUUUACGCUGGAGUCACCUCGUCGACCUUUCAGUUUGCACCGCCAUUGCGAAAUGAUGCAACAACAAUGUCUCCAUCUAGCCCCGUGGUGCUGGUGCCGCCGCCGCCGGUCGGUCUGAUGUCGCCCACUGAUGACGUGCGAGCAAUCCCCGUAGCAGUGCGCCAUGGCCACGAGAUUCCAUUUGAAGUCGUGCCACGAGUCAUGCACGGACGUGUCGACACUGAACGACUGGGCGGCACCCACACAAGGCAUUUCACGAUCGGACAAGCGUCGUUCCACUUGGUGCAGGUCACCUUCGUCAAGCAAACGUACAUGCCAGGGGAUGUCGUUCUCGUCGCGUUUGACUUUUCAAAAGCCACGCAAGUGUGUAAGAGCAUCUCGGCGUCGCUGAUCGUUGAGGAGCGCCUUGGCGCUCUGUCGCUGGAUCCUGGCCGCGUCGUCAACACCCACACGCUCCAGACAGCGAUGGAAGCCACAGCCGGCAUGCUCCACACCCACAUGCGAUUUGCGCUGCCCGUGGACAUCACGCCGACGAUCGAAACAGACGUCAUGAGCCACGUCUACGUCCUAGCGUUCGAGUUCGAGUCCACGGAGCACCUGCAGUGGCAAGUGCCUGUCCACAUUGUACCGCCGAUUGUUCCUGAUCCAUCGCAUUUCAACGUACCCGACGAGGUGUUCCAAGGGCAGUCGCGUGUGCGCAAGCUCGCUGUGUUAGACACGGUUUAAGUUGUUGUUCGUUGGAUGGUGUGUUCGACGACGAGGCAUGAUGUAGGCACACAUGUGUACGAUGGGCAAACUCGGACGGAUGCUUCAUCGCGUCUCUCCAUUAACACGUUUAACAGACGAGAGGGGCGUUGCUUAUC